UCUACGAUAUUUCCUAGCUCUUUUACCAAACCAGAAGUGCAGGUUGUUUUGACAUCCGGUGCAUCACAUGAAGCUAAAUUAAUGUGCGAGGAGUGCUCUGAACCUUUAAACAGGGUGUGUUAAACUUUCCAAGUCAUACUGAUAUAUAGUCGACCUAAAUGUUCGAGUAUAUGUGGAUUGAAGGGAAAUGCCAGUCUUGUCAGGACUGACUGCUGCUGACAAGUCUGAAGUUCGCUGCAGGUUUUAGCAAAAGAUUGAAGACCACACUUGACUGUCAUCGUGUGCAACGUCAGUCUCUUACUGCUGUGCCAACAAUGAACUAUGGAGAGCCACUGCCAGUGAGUGAAGAAUGGCGAGGUUAAGGCGCAAAUCUUUCAUCACGUUGAUCGCUUUAGUGCUGCUGCUACUCGUCGUCGUAUUGAUCCUAAAGACGCUCACACCUGAGGAUUCUCCUUCCAGCGACUCAGGAGGCAUUGAGCUGUUUAAAGAAAGAAAGAACCAUCCGGAGAUGCAAGAAGACAAAAACGACAAACAGGACCAGACCAAAAUCAUUCACCCGGCUCUGAUAGAAAAGGACCCAGAACUAGAAAGCAUUCUCCGAAAGCUCCCUCCUCCAAAUUACUAUCUCCACGCUUUCUACUAUAUAUGGUUCGGAAACCCAAAGUUUGAUGGGAAAUACAUCCACUGGGACCAUCUGCAGCUGCCGCACUGGGACUCCAAAGUGGCUCAAGGAUUUCCACAAGGAAGACACAGCCCACCUGAUGACAUUGGCUCCAACUUCUACCCCUCUUUAGGGGCUUACAGUUCCAAGGACCCCUCUGUUUUACAAGCUCAUAUGCAGCAGCUGCGUACAGCAGCUAUUGGUGUCAUUGCUGUUUCCUGGUAUCCUCCUGACUUGAAAGAUGACAACGGGGAGGCGUUGGAUGACAUUGUGCCAUUGUUGUUGGAGGUGGCUCAUAAAUAUCACAUUAAGGUCGCUUUUCACAUAGAGCCGUACAAAGGGAGAGAUGAGGUCAACAUGUACACAAACAUCAAAUACAUCAUUGACAAGUAUGGAGAGCAUCCGGCAUUUUUCAAGUAUCAAACAAACAACGGUAAACUUCUUCCACUUUUUUAUGUGUACGACUCGUAUCUGCUGAACUCCGAGCAGUGGGCUAAACUGCUGAAACACACCGAGAGCCGCAGCAUCAGGGACACCCCGUACGAUGCCAUCUUCAUAGCCCUGCUCGUGGAGGAGAAACACAAGAGGGACAUCCUCACUGCCGGCUUCGACGGCCUCUACACCUACUUUGCCACCAACGGAUUUUCUUACGGCUCCACUCAGAGGAACUGGGGCUCCAUUAAGUCAUUCUGCGAAGAUAACAACCUGAUUUUCAUCCCAAGUGUGGGACCGGGCUACAUUGACACAAGCAUUCGACCGUGGAACUUUCAGAACACUCGAAACCGCAUUAACGGCAAAUACUACGAGACGUCGCUGAGCGCCGCCUUAGAAGCCAGGCCGGAUUUCCUCUCCAUAACAUCCUUUAACGAAUGGCACGAGGGGACGCAGAUUGAAACGGCGGUCCCUAAAAAGGGCCAAGUGCUGUAUCUGGACUAUUUGCCCAACAGACCCACUAUCUACCUGGAGAUAACCCGAAAGUGGGCAGCAAUAUUUGGCAGCGAGCGCAGAAAAUGGCAGGAGUGAGCACAGCAGUCCUUCAGUCGUUUUUUUUUUUUUUCUCCUGCAGAUUCUGCAAUAAUGAAUCAGUUUAUGAGAAAAGCCAAUGGUGCAGAUAAUAUAACCUCACUUUGGUUGUAGUUUUUCUGUUUCAGUACUUGGAUGAAUUCUUGUUUACAUAUAUCUCACCAAAUUUAAUCUUUCCCACAUAACUGGCAUGUUUUGUGUUGCAAAAAACUGCAAAAAUCUGUUGCUGAUGCAGAUCUGUGGACAUGAAGAUAAAGCAUCUCGAGGCGUCUGCAGAAUGUCCGGAAAUAAGAAUAUGUUCACUUCUAGUUAGGAAUCCAAAAAUGUGUGUUUUCUGCACAAUCGUCCGUCUUUCUCUCAGUCCGUGUGUCGUCACGGAGAGUGUGCACGACCACAUAUCUGGCUUCAUGAUGGACUUUAUUCCUGAUGUGUGAGAACCGGAAAAUUUGACUCUAAAAUAAAUUAUCUUUAAGCAUAAGAGUCACUAUUUGAUCAAAUUUGAAGUAAAUAAAAUGUCUUGGCAUUUCAUAUUUUAUGUUCAAGUGUGCAAGCUAAGUAGCAGAGGAUGUUGAGCACAAAAGACAUGGAAGAAACCUUCUGAGAGGCCAAUUUGAGAAGGAGAGGAUGCGCUCAGCAGCACCCAAUCUCUUGGUUUAUAUUGCAAGUCAUCUAUGCAUCUGUCAGCCAUAAAGAGUUUUAAGAAAGUGAGACUAAGUGGUCCAAAUGUAGAUCCUGAUUACAAAUAGAAGGUUGAUACCUGCUGGAAGCUGCAGAAAAGCAGAUAAAGUAUUCUGGAAAUACUGGCAUUUAUGCAGUUUUACACAAAGGAGACCACAAAGGAUGUAACUGUUCAUUUAAUGAAGGACCAGAAUGUGCUUAUUUCAUGGAAGAAGACAGAAAAAAUAAAUAAAACCAGCUCCAAAUGUUAAAAA